GUUCUUGUUUAGCGCAUCUGUUAAAGCACGGGCUUACAGCACCACCGGUUAGCUAUUAAGCCACCAACUGACGCCCUUGCAUAUUAAACGUUAGAUCUUGCUCAGAAACUAUUUAUAAGCAUGAGGCAACGACCUCCUACCACUGAGAAAUUUGACGUCGUUGAUUCGCUUCUCGGCAACAACUCCAAAAUUGAGACAUCUGCGGAACCCCUGGACGAGCAGGAACAGGAGGCCAUCAUUCAGGAGUUUGAAAUCCUUGCGAUUCAGCAGCAUCGCACCUGGCGCAGCGUGUUCGGCGCUGGAACGGUUGCUGCGGGGCUGUUCUUCCUGUAUGCGGCAUGGCGACAGAAAGUGGAGCCCUAUGGCGUGCGCUACACAGGGGAGCUACGCAGUGUCACCGGCGCGAGCACUGUGACAGCAGUCCUUGCGCUUCAGGGGGUAUCGCUGCUGCUCGCGGCAGCAGGUCUGCUCGUCAACCUACCUCCUAAAGCGGGCGCGGGUCAACGGGAGGCGGCGGGCUGCCUGCCAUUCGCAGUACGGCAGCGGUUGGCCUUGUGGUCCGGGGUGUUGGGCGCGGCGGGUGCGGGCGUGUACUGGGCAGCAGCUCUGGUGCGUAUGGUGCAGCUGCAUGGGGCGCAGUACGGCAAGCGCUGGGAGCUGUCCUGGCUGCCCGCUGGACCCUUGGCUGCCUGCCUGGUGUGCUGCUACGUGGCGUCUUCAUUGUACGGCACGGAAAGAGAGAUACAGCGCCUUCGGAGCUACCGCUACCGCUACAAGAAGCUGUGACAGGGUUCACACUCACACACGUCAAGGGGGUCAAUCAUAGUACGUUCCGCCUCGCGGACAGCUGUUUUAACACGUCAAGG